CACCCAGCCGUACUACGGCCCCAGGCAUCGAGGGCUCGACGUACCUUCUUGCCCUAUGCCUUGUCCGCUCGCACGGCCAAAGAGAGUGAACGGCUGAGAGCGCAAAACACCGUACAGGGAGGGAGCGGACCGACCGUUUUGUGUUGAGCAGAGGCCCGCUGCUGCGCCUUUUGUUCGCUUCCAUUCGCCAACUGACAGUCGAGCAGUUUGCGUUGCGUCUUUGCCGUGUUGUGUGUCUCGUGGCGUCUGCUCUGGCGGAAGCGUUACUUGCGCGGUGUGUGGCUAUAGCAUUCUCCCUGCACGCGGACUGUUCUCGGAUUGUUCCGAGUGUGGAACGCGGGGCGCGGAGUUCAAACGUCGUAGAGGUUCGUCGUCUCCGCAUGCGUUGCGGUCGUUGCGCGGUUGCCCCGACUUUGGGACCCGCGGAUCCCGGGCAACGAGUUCGCGUGUGACCGGGGUGUGUUCUUGGACGAGUCUUGCCGAUCGGUCUUGCUCGGCUUGUGGUGGUGUUGGUGGUGCGGAUGCAGCGUUGCAGUUGCACAGGUUUCGCCCCGAGGGUCGUUGCCAGGUCGUUUCGUGCGUUUUGUGGUUGGUGAGUUAACUGUACACGCUAAAUCCCGCCGGUUUCGAGUUUUGAUAGGUGACUCUGUUUAGUGCCAGCAGUGUUAGUAGUGACAAGGAAAGGAAAGAAAAAAAUAAAUAGUGGAUGUAAGCGAGUGUAUGUACGGUUACAAAGGCUCCCAGGUGCAGUGUGUUGAAUGUUGUCAAGCGAAUGAUUGUUGUGUGCUUAUGCUCGAGAAGUGUCUGUUGUUAGGAAGGGUGAAGCUUAAUCCAGCGAUCGAAAAGACUACACAAUCCACCGUGUGGGUAGCAGCGUUUGCAAGAGAAAACCAAGAGCGUGAGCGUGCGUAACAGCGUGAUUUUUGUGAACAGUAGAAUCGGAAGAAGCUCCUACCCAGCUCCUGAGUGUGUCGCCGAAAUAGGCCGUGAAUCGAUGGUGGCGCGAGUGUUCGAUCGACCGCACGGGUACAGUGUCGUCCCCAGGCCAUGGUGUGGCGGAACGCAGUGAACAAUGCGCGAACCGAUAGCAACCGCCGCACCAGCGCUGACAGCCGGAAACGUGGCGUCGGUGAUCGUGGCACCGUCGACCGCGGCCACCAUGUUUGGCAUCACGAACGCCCAGAUCGUGCAGUCGUUUAACGGGCUGCCCCCGCUGCAGGCCGACUGUGCGCCGGCGGCGGCGAUUGUGCGUGCCGCUAGCCGGGCCUCCUCGAUCGGUGGGGCCGGACGGCCGUCGCUCAAGUCGAGCGCGGCCGGCAGCAGCGGUACCAGCAGCCCCGUUACGAGCGUCAAGCGGAACAGCUCCAGCUCGAGCUUCAGCAGUGGCGGCGAUCGGCGAAGCGUCUUCUAUACCGAUCCCGAGCAGAGCAGUACGACGGAAGCGGCAGAGAAGUAUGACACGAUGACGAAUGACGAUAGCUGCUCGACGUCCGACGCCUGUACUGGCGCAACCGACACCGCCGAUGCCGGUGCAGCAAAGCGGACGAAGCAACCCCAGCAAGACGAUGUGGCCCAUCUGCGACGGGCUGACAAUGGGCAGGUUCGGCGCAAGCAGCGCCCCUCCAGCACCGGCCUUGACGGGGUAAUCGGCCCCCGGACCCACCUGAAGCUAGUCAGCCAGGAGCUGGAAUGGGAGCGGAAGUUCCGGGACGAUCAGCUGUCCCGCAUACUGAAGGCGCUGAUAGCGUUCGAGACGCGGCUAAAGAACGAGCAGAGCCGCAUCAAGCAGCAGCUGUACGAGAAGGAUGACGUUAUCAACCGCCAGAACUGUGCGAUCAAGCGGAUGAAGCGCAAGCUGGCCGCGGAAGACGAGUCGACGACGGUGGAGGAGGAGGGUGGUGAGGAGGUGUCGGUAGCGGAGAAGAAUGUCGCGCUACCGGCGACCAUUGACGAGGUGGCCCAGUACUGCCCAAAGUGUCGCAAAAACUACUACCGGCUCGAGUGCCGUACGAGCGGGACGCAAACGUUCGAGUACUGUCGGGACGCGGACGGUGCGGAGAGUGUCAAUACAGAAAACUUGUCCCUCAACAGUGUGGAGUACGCUUCGUCGAGCGAGGAACAGGAAUCGUCCCUUUACGUGCGUGCGAACUCGUUCAAGGACGCACGGCGCAGCCGGAAGUACACGAGCAAGCGCUCCUACCAGGGCUACCAGCGGGGAACCGCCUCCCGGGCGAGCAGCUUCAAGAGCAAUGCAUCCGGCCCGGCCACCGGUACGCUAGCGAAGCUGGCCGAGCGAAACGCCCGCAGCCGGCUAAGUUGCCCGCGCGAGGAGGAGCCGGGCUGCGAGGCGUACGUUAACAUCGAACCAAAUGCGAAUGUGCCUAAAAUAGUAAUCUACGAAAACUACGAAAGCGACAAGGAAAACAAGCGAAUGGGAGAUCAGAACCGGCAGGAGUGCGACAACAACUACGACAACGUCGAGCCGUACUCGAACCGCAUCGACACGCUGCACGGCAUCCACGGCCGAACCGGUGGCCGGUUCAACGGGAAGGUCCUGCAGGAGGAGCAACGAAGCGAGGAGAAGCGGGCUGGCGAGUACCGGCUCGUCGGGUCGUCCCAGCGGGGCGAUGGCAGCGAGCAGAUGGAGCUGGACGAUGGGACCAUCUUCUACGAGGCGAAUGCCAGCGCCGGAAGCGUGAGCAAUCAGCAAAAGUACACCGAAGGCAUGGAGAUGAAGCAAACGAUCGAAACGAACGACGACUGGUACGCGAGCGCCAGCGACAUGGAGGACUCGGACACGGCCCUCGGCAAACCGUACAGCAAUGCCGCCGUCAAUCCGGUGCUGGAGUGUGUCAAUCAGAUACUUCUUCAACAAUCGAUGGAUGGUUUUGGAGACAGCAACAAGGACACGAAUGGGGAGGCGCCGGGCGAAGAGGAACACUACAUAAAGGCACAGCAAACAACGCCACCGCCGGCGAAAGAGCACACGGCCGUCCGCUCGAAGCGCGUCCACUUUUCCACCCAAAACAGCAUGGUGCAGGUGCCGCGGAUAUCGCUCCAGCAAACGACCGGCAGCAGCAGCAACUCCAGCCACGGGUCGGCCAACCAUCGGACGAAGGACGACAAAGUGUCGCCGACGUACGAAAUCCAGAGCAUCUACAGCAACGAGUACGAGCCGAUCGGGUCGGAGCACAACUCGUACUCGAACUACUACGUCGACAUGGAGUCGAAGCUCGGCUCGGAGGACCGCGAGCGGGAGCAGGCACUGGCGGAAAAGCGCAAAACACCGCCCGCUCUCCCUCCGAAACCGGCCAACCUGCUGAAGCUGCAGCAGCUGUCGAAGGGUAAUCAGCAGCAGCAGCAACGACAGCUUGUGUCAACACCGGUGAAAGGUCGCACCGGUUCGUCCGCCCAGAGUGACAUUGCCGAGUCGGAGCCGGACUACUGUUCGAUCAGCGAAAUACAGGACUCGGUCAAGUGCGUACAGAUAGUGGCGGAAAUUCACAAGGACGCAUGCGAAGACGAUUACUCGCUGGUGGAUGGGGAGGCGCGGGAUGGGGAGAAGAAAGAGCAGACGGAAGCAAUUGCCAGUCAGCAGCGAGCUGAGCUUUCGGUUGAGGAGCAAAAGAGUUGCACCGAGCUGGAGGAAUCGUUCGCCGACGUGCCGAAGCUGCCGAACGUGGCGGAAAUAGUGCCACCGAAGAAGGAACCACUGAACAAGUUCAUUAGCCAGGACAACUACAUCACCAAAUCGUCCGGCAGUGGGUCGUCAGCGUCUUCGUCACCCGCCAAGACGGGUGGGGUAGCCACCACUCCCAGCAAAAAGGACGGCGAGUUCCGGGAACAGCUGUCGGAGAUAAUUGCGGAAAUCAACAAACAGUCGCCCGCCAUCCGGAACGCGUCGAAGAAGCAAAUCCCGGUCAAGGAGCUUGGGUCACCGUUCCGGGGCGUCAGCCAGAUACCGAGCGUUACGUUCCAGUCGAAGCUGAAGCCGGUUGAUAAGCUAAGCUUUUUGGCCAAGAGCUCAACCGGCGGCCUGUCUGGAUCGAUUCCGAGCCUCAGCCACAAUACACCGAAGCUGGCGGCGAGCUCAAUUGCACGACCCUCCCUGAAACCUUCCAUGCUAAAGUCAUCCCUCUCGACGAAGGCUCUCUCGAGCACGAAUCUCGCCCUUGGGGGUGGCUUGAAUCAGUUCGGAAGUCCGGUGAAAACGGUUUCUUACAUUCCGAACUUGAAGUCGGUGAGUGUGGCUAGUCCACUGGCGACUGCCGGUGGCACUAACGCCGGUGUGGGAUGUUCACCAGCAAAAGCAACCACUUCACCGGUUAAAAAAGUGACAAGUACGCUCAAUCUUACUGUCGGAACGGGCACUGGUGCCUCAACUGCCACCUCAACUCCCGUAAUUAUUGCGGAAGACAGCAAGCUACCGAUACAGGCCGAGUUUGAUUGGUACAAUUUGGACGCGGAGUACGGUAAAUCCAACCAGCCGGACGUGAUUGUGGAAGCCGAUCCCAGCACGAACGGUGACGAGGCGGAUGGGACCGGCGAUGAGGAGCAGAUGGAGGAGGAAGGCGGUACUGAAAGUCCUUCCAAGAAGAAGCCAUCCCAACCGGAAGCAGUAAACGGUGGUUCGACGGGUGAUUGUGAACGGUCUUCAAGUAAUGCGCCCUCUACCACUAACACCGAAAAUGGAACUGGCAGUGUGUGUGGCGAGGAGGAGGAGGAUGAAGAAGAGGAGCUGGAAAACGUUGAGUACAAUCUGGACGAAGAGUACAAAAGCUUGGGACCGCUGGUGCCGCCGCCCGACAUUAUCAUACAGAAAAGCGUUCACCCACCGAUAACGCCGCCCAAGAAUGGGAAAAUCCCCUACAACAGUUUGUCGUUUAAGGAGCUAAUGCAGCUUAACGAAACGCCCAAGAUGCACGGACCGGAAGCGAAGGCGGCGAAGGUAGCAAAGGCGGGCGGCGGCGGUGGUGGCUCGCUCGCCGGGCCGGAGAAUGGACCGAGCGGCAGAAACUAUGAACACUUCCUGGACGAUUCGGGGCUCUGCUCGAAGCCGAUCAUACUGCCGCGCAAGAAGCGCGUCUACUACUCCGGACCGUUCGUGUGACCGGGUUGUGGUUGGAGUGUUGUUUAUUUGUUGUUCGAUUUGUAGGAUAGUAGAGCUCGGGGCGGUCGUUUUUUGGAUGGGGGAUGGGGAGUGGUAGGCCCCUGUGGUAGGCAGAUUAGGCACAUGAUUUACUUAAUAUCCGUAUCGGUAUACGGUAAGGCGAUUACCCAGUGCAUUAU